GUAGUGCAGCUCACUUUGUCUUCCCCCACCAUGUGUCAGGUGUGAGCUUCCGGGUUGUGUUACCCUUGGCAGUGCUGUUCUGGGAGGACAGAGUAGAGUGUAUGGGAGCCCCACAAUGGUGAGACUGUUGAGAAUAUCGUUGCCCCACCUUGUGGCCAGUAGAUAUCAUUACCACAAUGCAGGCCAAAGAAGUCGCCGCUUAGUCUCUAAGAUUUAUAAUCCAGCAAACCUCUGGAAAGAAAGUCCUUCAGAACUGCAGCAAAAAUCCAACGAGCCGACCAGCAGGAGUCAAAGACUCAUGGCCAAAGCAGGCUUAAUACAGCCCUCUAGCCCUGGCUGUUUCCAUUACAUGCCAUACACUGUACGGGCCAUGGAGAAGCUAAUUCGCCUUGUCGAUCAUGCCAUGCAGGAGAUUGGAGGACAGAAGAUGGACAUGACUACUCUUUGCUCCGCCACGCUUUGGAAACAAAGCGGACGCUGGGAUUUAGUUGGAAAGGAACUGUUCUGUCUGAUGGACAGACACAACCAGGAAUACUGCUUGGGGCCAACACAUGAAGAGUCUGUUACCCACCUUGUUGCCACAGAAGGGGGUAUUACCCAAAAACAGCUUCCCCUGCUGCUCUACCAGAUCACACGGAAAUUCAGAGAUGAGAAGAGGCCAUGCUUUGGCUUGCUGCGCGGCAGGGAGUUUUACAUGAAGGACAUGUAUACGUUUGACAUGACCGAGGAAGCUGCCUACCAAACGUACAGCAACGUGUGCAAGGCCUACUCCAAACUUUUCCACACUCUUGGCCUGAAGUAUGUCAAAGUCCAGGCAGAUACGGGAAACAUUGGUGGGAAAACUUCACAUGAAUACCACUUACCUGCUAGGAUUGGUGAAGACAGAUUAAUGGUGUGUGGGAGUUGUGACUUUGCGGCCAAUGUGGAGACCUUAAAAGACGAGGAGGAGAACUGUCCGGCAUGUUCAGGAAAACUGGUGGAGAGCAAAGGCAUUGAGAUAGGGCACACGUUCUAUCUGGGAACCAAGUACUCCCUUGUGUUUAAUGCAGUCUGUUAUGAUUCACAGGGCAAAUCCACCAUUGCUGAAAUGGGAUGCUAUGGCAUUGGCAUAUCAAGACUUUUGGCAGCAUCUAUAGAAGUCCUUUCCACCGAGGAGGAUAUUCACUGGCCGGGUUUAAUUGCCCCAUACCAGAUCUGUCUUAUUCCCCCUAAAAAGGGAAGCAAAGAGAUCGCAGCAUUACCAGUAGCAGAGGAACUCUAUGAUGCCAUAUGUGCGGUCCAUCAUUUGAGAGAUGAGGUCGUUCUAGAUGAUCGGGACCAUUUGACUAUAGGAAAAAGACUGAGGGAAGCCCAUAUAAUGGGCUAUCCAUAUAUAAUCAUAGCGGGCAAAAAGGCUUUGGACAGUUUACCGCAGUUUGAAGUGCAUAAUCACAAAACUGGGGAGGUCCAGUUCCUCUCUAAGGAAGGCGUGCUAAGCUUUGUGCAAGAAAUCCAGGUGGUCUAAAUAAAGGUUUUUCUUUGGGACUAGA